CCUCAUCACUGCAGUGAAUGUGGGAAAUCUUUUAUCAUUUUGUCUCACCUUCACAGUCAUCAGAGGGUUCACACAGGAGAAAAGCCAUAUAAAUGCAAUGAAUGUGGGAAAUCUUUUAGCCAGAUCGGUAACCUUCUUUCUCAUCAGAGCAUUCACACUGAAGAAAAGCCUUAUAUAUGUGGUGAAUGUGGGAAAGCUUACAACUCUUUCAUUAAACUUUGUUGUCAUCAAAGAGUGCACACUGGAGAAAGGCCUUUUCACUGCAGUGAAUGUGGGAAAUCUUUUACCAGGAGAAGUGCACUUUCUCAUCAUCGGAGAAUUCAUAGAGGAGAAAAGCCUCAUAAAUGCAGUGAAUGUGGGAUGACUUUCAUCCAAAGCGGAACUCUCCAAAUUCAUCAGAGAGUUCACACUGGAGAAAAGCUUUUUAAAUGCAGUGAAUGUGGGAAAUCUUUAACCACUAAGUCUUACCUUCACAUUCAUCAGAGGGUUCACACAGGAGAAAAGCCUUAUAAAUGCAAUGAAUGUGGGAAAUCUUUUACCACUAAGUCUUACCUUCACACUCAUCAGAGAGUUCACACAGGAGAAAGGCCUUAUAAAUGCAGUGAAUGUGGGAAAUCUUUUACAAGUAACAGUCAACUUUGUUGUCAUCAGAGAGUUCACACUGGAGAAAAGCCUUAUAAAUGCAGUGAAUGUGGGAAAACUUUUACUGAAAACAAAGCUCUCCACAAUCAUCGGAGUGUUCAUAGAGGAGAAAAGCCUUAUAAAUGCAGUGACUGUGGGAAAUCUUUUACAUGUAACAGUAAACUUUGUCGUCAUCAGAGAGUUCAUACAGGAGAAAAGCCUUAUAAAUGUAGUGAAUGUGGGAAAACUUUCAGUGAAAACAGAGCUCUCCAAAAUCAUCAGAGAGUUCACACUGGAGAAAAGCGAUGUCCAUUCCCGUCAUCAGAGAAGUCAUACCAGACAAAAGCCUUAUAAAUCCAGUGACUGUGGGAAAUUUUAUACCAGUAGCACCAACCUUCACCGUCAUCAGAGAGUUCAUACAGGAGAAAAUGCUUAUAAAUGCAGUGAAUGCAGACAGUCUUUUACAACUAACUCUCACCUUCAUUGUCAUCAGAGAGUUCACACAGGAGAUUGUCGUAAUGAGUGUAAUUAAUGUGCGAUAUCUCUCAGCCUAAUUUGUAAAUUUGCUUUUCAGAAAAGAGUCCGAAUGUGAAAAAUUUCUCAGAUGUGUUGAAAAUGUAGUUUCUUAGUUAGGACUUAACAGUUGUAUAAGAAAAUAUGUGAAGUCUCAUUAGUCUGAAAUUUAUCUCAUAUAUUGAAUCACAUACAUUGUGUAUCCUACCCGCAACUAUUUUAUCUGUUCUGUUUGCUUGUUUGCAUGUUGGAACCAUAUGUAUGUAUGUUGGACUUUUUAACAUAAAGAGCUGUCUUGCCAGGUGGAAGAACUACCAGUCUCACGGCUGUUACUUGCAAAAUAAUGAAGGCUUUUCCGUAAGACUUCUUUAAUGUUGGGUGUUCCAUUUACUGUGUUCGUUAGUUUAUAUGGAGAUCUGGGCUCUCCAAGCAUGAUUCGGUGAAAAACUUAUAUGGGCUCUGAAACAUUUUUGCCCUUGGGGGAUGACUAUGGUGUAGAAAUUAGCUCAGCAGUUUUUGCCAAAUUUACAUUGCAGCCCAUAUUUUCCCAGGAAAUACUGUGGACUCUCUCAUCCUCAUGUGAAAAUGGAUGCAUUGAGACACAGAGAUCACUCCUAAGAGGGGGUAGCUAUGACAACCUGAAGUAUAUCUGGGAGCAGCGUUAAUUUUUUUCCUGUUUUCAAGGAAUGGUAAGACAUUUGAAGGGAUUCUUUUCCCCAGGUGUUGCAGAGGGCCAUGCGCUUUAAUGCCUUCAAUUCCAUGGGUGAUAGGUACUGGUUGGAGGACCAUCACAGUGAGGGGACCCCUUCACUGCAGAAACACUGACCUAAUUCCUGUUGGAACAGACUGCAGCCCAUUAGAUGGAAUGGUCUUCAUCUAAACUUGUACCCAGACAUUUUUUUUGAGGAAAAGACUACAGGAGUCAUGUGUACACAGACCUGAGGGACAUCUCGGUUUGUUUAUCUUCUGUGCAGCAGUCAUUGUCACUCAUUAUAAUGAAGAAGUUUUGUGGCUUCAUAUAUCUUCUCAGAUGUUCCCAUUAGAGCCAUUGGUGCUCUGGCAGCAAAACUAAGAAGAAAACAAAGGGUGUCUUUAGGGCGGAGAUAUGGAUUUUGUGACCCAGUCAGCAUUCCAGUGGGUUUGGGUGAAAGUUCUUCAUUGUUUGUUACAUUUUCUGUCUCUGAGAUGAGACUCACCCACAGCGCAUGAGAAUGUGGAUUGAAUAUAGAGUUAAAAAAGCUGUUGUUCGAAAGUAAGUAACAUUUCUUUUAUCUUUUUUUUUUUCAUUUCUUUUGUCUUGAACUAUUUUUAACAGCUGUAAUGAGUAAAUUACAUGUGUUAAGUGUAGUGUUUCAUAAAUCUUGACAUGUGCAACAAAAUGAAACCAUCAUUAUACUCAUAAUACUUAGCAUAUCUAUGACUGUGAAGUUGCUUCAUGACCUCAUUUAAUCUGUCCUUGUUCUUCACGGCUUUUUUGAUAACCAUGAUUUUACAUUCCAUUUUAAGAGAGAACUUUGCUUUUUCUAAAUAUUUUUCCGCUUUAAUUUAUAUUUCAUAAAUUCUUGGACAUUUAUUAAAGAUACAUUAGUAAC